AUGGAAAUAAGCCUGGUGCUGAUCGUUGUUGUGUUGUGCUCCACUGCUGCUACCCUAGUUACUUGUAGUAGCGCCGGGUUUCACAUGGAGCUCACCCAUGUUGAUGGCAAGGGGAGCUACACCACGGCGGAGCGCGUGCAGCGCGCCAUGGCCAGCAGCCGGCAGCGCCUGGCGUCAUUUGCUGACGUGAGCGUGCCAAUCCACUGGAACACCAGCCAGUACAUUGCUGAGUACCUGAUCGGCAACCCACCACAGUGCGCGGAGGCCAUCGUCGACACAGCUAGUGACCUCAUCUGGACGCAGUGUUCCACCUGCAGCCUCAAAGGAUCUUGCGUCAUGCAGGGCCUGCCCUACUAUAAGGCGUCCAAGUCGGACAGCUUCCAUCUCGUGGCAUGCAACGACACCUUGUGCUUGGCCAACUUGGAGCACUCGUGCGCCAGGGGCGGCAGCUGUGCUUUCGGGGCCUUCUAUGGCGUGGGCGUCGCCAGAGGGUCCAUUGGCACUGAGGUGGGUGUCAAAAAGUUCUCUUAUUGUCACACCGCCUCUCUGCGCAGCAACGCCACCGCUAGUGCCAACAACCAUCUUUCCGUCAGCGCCUCGGCGAGCCUUAGCGGCGGCAGCCCUGUGAUGUCCAUGUCUUUCGCGCAAGUCCCAAAAAAGUACCCAUUCUACUACGUCCCGCUCAUCGGGAUAAGCGUGGGACAGACAAGACUGUCCAUCCCACCGACGGUGUUUGCUCCGAAACAAAACGGCAGCGGCGGGUUCAUUAUCGACUCAGGCAACCCCACUACGGCUUUGGCCCAUGGGGCUCCGGAGGCAGGUGAACGGGAGCCUCGUGUCGCCAUCCGCAAACAGUGGAAUGAACCUGUGUAUGGCGGUGGCACACGAAAAGACAGUGCCAUCCAUGGUGCUCCACUUCAGUGGCGGAGCGGACAUGGUGCUGCCGCCGGAGAACUACUGGGUGCCGCUUGA